UAGAGAUUUUGGACUGACGCAGAUUUGAUUAUGUCGGCCAACGUGCCGAUCGGGUAUCUUUAUAAGAGAUCCUUUUUUAUUUUUUUUGUUCCAUCUUCGCCUCGCGCUGAUCGUAUCGUUGCGUUCAGUUCAUCGCGCGGUCAAAGUAUAAUAUCGUGGAUUGUGCGCGAGUAUGUAGGUGCGGUUGCCAUUAAUUAUUAUUCCGUUCGAUAGAAAAAAUUUGAAUUUAGCAGAAGCUCGGAUAUUAAAAAAGCGGCUGACUCAAAUUUAUAAUGCGUGCUAAAUCAAAUGUGUAGAUUAUGCGUGAUCGGGACUGCUGCACGCAGACGCGCAGUGCUGCUAACGUUGCGAGGCUGCAGCUGCAGCUGAAUAAGUAAUAGCUUCCUGCUUGUAAUCGGCAAAUUAUAGUGACGAUUUACUCGAGAUUCAAUCAUCGAUUCUGGAACGUGAUCUUAUUAUUUACCACAUGCAGUGUGUGUACCUCUCGUGUUAGACAAUAGACGACUGUGGCAGGCGGCGGAGACGCGGCGGGAGUUCGUUGCGGCCAAUGUGUAUCUCACCUGUGUAUUCAAUAGCAACAGAUCCGCGUAAAAGUCCUCGCGCACGAUUGUCCAUAAAUUAUUUUUAUCGCAAUAAUUCGAAAUGCCUAUAAACAUGAAUUAUACGCAGGCGCAGCAGCGGCAUUACUCGCUGAUUUUUUAAUUGUAUUUCUACACGUGCUGUGUAUAUACUUGUAUGUGUGUGUGUGUGUAUAUUAAUGCGUGCGCUUAUGUGCAUCUGCGCGCGAUAUCGAUUCGAUCAACGAGCGCAAUCGCGCGUGGACUGCACCCGUGGAAAACAAUGAUUUAUGUAGAUUUAUACGCUCCGCGCGCCGAUCAUCCGGACGAAAGCAAAGAACCUGUUUAUUGACAUUGGCUGCGAUUUUAUAUCAUAAUUUACCUGCACAUCGUUUACGUGCCGAUCGGCGAGUCCCAUUUAUUAACUAUACUAUACUAUGCUAUUAUAAGAUCGAUAUGAAUAAUUUGGUGGAAUAUUUUGUCAUUCUUUGAUCGAUAUAUAUCCGGGUCUAGCUGCCUGGUCCACUGCUCUUGUUUUGGUCCACUAAUUGCUCCGAAAUCUUUGAUGAAUAACGCUUGCCGGUGCGAAAGGCCAAUCGCGUUUUCAACUCGUUACACCAAAAAACGUUAAAGGUGUAAUCCAUCAAGGCUAUGUAGUUCAAUGUUGCCAUUACGUAUGGGAAAGAUUUUGAUUCACGGAUCUUUUAAUCCUAUCCAAUAAAAUUAAGCAAGCGUGUCUAACGCAGUUACGCUUGUCCAUAUCAAUUAGCAGAAAAAAAAGUCGAUCGAGAAAGCAUAAUAGCAAACACAGUCGUUACACGAUAUUUACGUAUCAACAUUAUACGACGACAAUUUAUCUUAAUAAAAGUUGUUAAAUAUUUAACCUCGGGUAAAUAUAUAUGUAUGAUACAACGAACGUCUGUAUUUAAUAUAAAAUCGUCGGCAAUUCCUAAUUGCUGCGGGUAUUAUCGUGAAUUCGAAAGUAGCAGCACGUAGUUCAGUUUUGCUCGGGCAGCCGGCACAUACCUGUACAUACAAUACAGCAUGUACUUAUAAAUGCCGAUAUAGACUUUUGAGGAAAAGAACCAGAAAUCGGUAAAGUGCAUAAGCUGCAGGUGCCACGAGACAGUAUAGAAAAUCGUCACACAUAACGACGAAAGAAAAUGGCCAGCUCAAUGAGCCAUGGGAUCCAACUGCUGCUGUUCUUCGUCUACCUGUUCCAAUUGGCGUGGAACGGCGAGGCGGCGGCGGCGUCGGCAGCGAGCUCCAGCCGGGGCAGGAGCAAGGUCUGCAUAGUCGGGGCCGGCGUCACGGGCAUAGCCGCGGCCAAGGCGUUCGCCGACUAUCGCGACGAGUUCGACAUCGUCGUCUUCGAUCGCAACUCGGACGUCGGCGGACUGUGGAUCUACACGGACAGCCAGGACCUGGACGAGCACAAUCUGCCCGUGCACAGCAGCAUGUACUACAAUCUCAGAACGAACCUGCCGAAGGAUCUCAUGUCUUAUCCGGACUACCGCCAGUUCUCCGGUGAGAAUCGCAGCUGCGUCAGCCACAAGACGAUCGUCCAGUACCUGCGCAACUACACGGACUACUUCGACCUGCGAGGAUACAUGAAGUUCGACACGCUGGUGGAAAAGAUCAGGCCGAUCGUCGGAGGCAGCGACGAUGACUGGCGCACGACGAGGUGGAGCAUCAAGACCCGAGACCUCAACAGCAACGUGAGCGCCGAGACGACCUGCAACGCCGUCGUCGUCUGCAACGGGCACUACACGAAGCCGCGAGUGCCACAGAUACCCGGCAUCGAGAGCUUCCCGGGCUUGGUGAUGCACAGCCACAUCUACAGGUACCCGCAGGAGUUCGCCGGCAAAAAUGUGCUCGUGCUCGGGGCAGCUGUGUCCGGCAUCGACAUCAGUAUCGACAUCAGUAGGUACGCCAGGCGCGUCUAUCUCAGUCACAACAAGGACAGAAUCAAGAGCCAACUGCCGCUGAACAUCGUGCAGGUGCCCGGCGUGGCCUCGGUCAACGGCAGCAUAUUCACCCUCAGGGACAACUCGACGGUCAAGGUGGACGCCGUGGUGUUCUGCACGGGCUACGUCUACGAUCUGCCCUUCCUGGACGAGAGCAGCGGCCUCAAGAUCGACGACAACUACGUCAAGCCGCUCUACAAGUACAUGCUCAACGGCGAGCACCCGUCGAUGGCCUUCGUCGGUCUGGCGCUGGACGUGGCCCUGUUCCCGCUGGUCGACGUCCAGACCAAGUACUUCGUGGCGCUGAUGCGCGACAAGGUCAAGCUGCCCGGCCGGGAGGUGCGCCUGGCCGAGAGCCUGCCCAAGGCCAAGCAGGGCGACCAGCUCAGCGAGAAGGAGAAGAAGUACGCCCACGCUCUGGGUGCCAAGCAGUGGACCUAUCAGCAGCAGCUGGCCCAGGAGGCCGACUUCGAGGCGCCGCCGGACUUUUACAGGCAGGCCUACAACAUGUGGAGCGCCUAUCGCAAGACCGACCUGCUCCAUUACAAGGACGGCAUGCUCAGAGUCAACAAGAACGGCGCCAUCGAAAUCAUCCAUCCGGCCUACAAGCAGUUCGAAGUUUGAUCCGCUUCGAUUUCCCUUGCUGUUUUUUUUUAUAUAAUUUUUACGAUUACUUCAAACUCGAAUAGUUAGGCUUUUAUAUUAAAACGACGUUCGUACGCAUCUACGACUGAACUUUUUCAAAUGCGAAUCAAAGCGGAUCAAUUGUUUGAAUCAAUAUGACGUUUGGCAAACAUGUAUUUUGUACAUUUUCGACCGAGAAUCGAGAUUAUUUUUAUUACGAGGGAAUCACGCUGAAACUCAAAGUUUCGCGAUGAUAUUCUCGUGUUUGGUAUUCGCCACUUCUCAUCGAGGAUCGAUGUCCAUGUGAUUUUCAUCGGAAGCCUCGACACAUGAUAUAGAUUUUUUUUAAGAAACCCUAGAUUACGAUGUUUAAUUUUGACAUUAGAAUAUACGUGUGAUAGAAUAGGAUAUGUAAAAAUUUUUUGAUUUUUAAUAAAUUUUAGUGAGUCUAGAAAUAAACUUCAAUAGCAUUUAAUACGA